AGAGUAGAGAUGAGUCAAGAAUGCGUUGAAUAGGUUUACGUUUAUAUCCUUAUCACUAAAUAGUAAAUAUAUUUUUAUUAGUGAACAUAAAUUUGAAGUGAAUUUUGUGGAGAAAAUUAUCCGCAAAAUGUAUGGUUUGAAUGAUAGAAGUAAUGAACGAAACGCUAAGAUUAGUUACACCCGCGAAGAGCGCCGGAGUCUAUCCAACAGUCACUCGUCACUGGAUUCUUGUGGUGCGGAUCAUUCGUGUCGUAAUAAUCUCAAACAUUUACUCCAUUCGUAUCGCUUUCACUUACUUAUUGUCGGUUUAGUGAUUGUGGACUGUAUUGUUGUGGUCAUUGAAUUGAUGAUCGAUUUGCAAAUAUAUCAGACAGAAGUCGUCAAAACUAAUUCAAACCAUAACAUCAAUGAGUCUCAUAAAACGGCACAUACUAUAGCAGAGGUUCGCUAUAAGCAGUCCUUU